AUGUCGGCCAUGCGACGCUAUCUGACUGCCGAAAAGACGGCACAUAUUAUGGAGUGGGUUGACAAAGUCAACUCCCAGCCAUGCAUCGGGAUGAAACCCCGCGAACCUAGAGAAAUCGCUGAGCCGAAGGAUAUCGCUUUACCUGCAGCAAUUCCUGCAAAGAUAACGGCAGAGAAAGGACGACCUCCGAAGUACAGGCAACUUACCCUCAAAAGCACAAGGUUAAGGCGGGUCCGUACGAAGCCUCGGGAAUCCCGAAAGGAAGAUGAGCAAGAGAAUGAAAAGACGGAAGCUAGGGCGAAAGAGGAGGAGAGACAACAAGAAGAGCAUGUGAAGAACCCAGAAAACGUUGUUCAAACGGAGAAGAAUUAUGGGGAAGAAAAGAAGGACCAGGAGGUGAAAAAGAGCAUCAGCGAACAAGCAUUGCCUAGCAAUCCGAUAAAGUCCAGCAUUAUCGACUCCAACUUGCGCAUGUUCUGCGUGGAGAUUGUGAUUCCAUCAAGUGGGAAGAAACAACACAAUGAAAUAAAACAAGCUUCUGGAGACACAAGUCAAGCAAAUAAUGAGAAACGAAAACGAGGAGGGGCCACACGGGGAAGAGGUGGACGGACAAAGUGUCCUAAACUGGCUGUAGAGAAGGGCUGA